AUGGACGCGACGAUCGGCGAUCCGCUGCUGUUGGCGUCCGUUGAGCGGGCGUUCGAGAAGCAGCCGCUGCCCGACUUCUGGGAGCAGGCGACGCCGCGGGCGAUGAUCGUCGCGGUGGUGCUCUCCGUCGUCUUCGGCUUCGUGACCCUGCAGAUCCAGAUGUCCACCGGCGUCGUGCCGGGACUCAACAUGCCCAUCAGCGUCCUCAGCUUCAUCUUCCUCAAGUGGUUCGUAAGCCUGCUCCGGUCCUGCGGCCUCCCAGGGUCGGAGCCCUUCACGCGACAGGAGAACUUAUUGGUGCUCACCACCGUCACUACAGUCGGCAACUUAGCCCUAACCGGUGGCUUUGCUUUGUACAUCAUAGCAAUGACGUCCACCGUGGCAAAAGCACUUGGUGAAACAAAUCCAGACCCAAGAGACAUUGUUGACAACUUUCCAACAGGACAAUGGAUGUUAUUCCUUCUCCUCAUUGGUCUAAUGUCAGUAUUAACUAGUGUGCCACUGAACCAGGUGAUGAUUCUUGACUACAGAUUACUAUUCCCAACAGGAACAGCUCAAGCUCACCUUAUUAACAGUUUUCACACCCCUCAUGGAGCUAUUAUGGCAAAGAUUCAAGUCGCAACCAUAUUCAAAUUUUUUUUUGGUAGUUUUUCUUGGACUGCAUUCUCAUGGCUAUAUGCAUCAGGAAAAGAUUGUGGAUUUUCAAGCUUUCCGUUAUUUGGAUUACAGUUAUAUAAGAAGAGGUUUUUCUUUGAUUUUUCUGCAACAUUUAUUGGCGUGGGAAUGAUUUGCCCACUUAUGGUGAACAUUACGUUUCUUGUUGGUGGUAUCGCAUCUUGGGGAUUGUUGUUCCCUUUUCUCGAAACAAAAAGUGGGCAAUGGUAUCAUACUCCUAGUCCAUCAAGUUUGGCAGGGAUUAAUGGAUACAAGGUAUGUAAAACAAAACACCCCAGUCUGAACUACGAUGACCGUAGAAGGAUUGAGGUAUUCCUGGAGAACAAAAUCCCUGCUUCCCUGCCAGUGGCUGCGUACGGCGUGUGCGCAAUAAUCUGUGGGGUAGUUAUCCCACAAAUAUUUCACCAGGUAAAUUUCCUUCACGUCAUUGCGAUGUACAUCAUCGUCCCGGUGGUUGCCCUCACCAACACCUACGCAACUGGGCUCACGGACUGGAACAUCGCCUAUACAUACGCCAAGUUCACAAUCUUCGUCGUCGCAGCAUGGGUUGCCAAGCCAGGCGCGAUUAUUGUUGCCCUUGUAUCCUGCGGGCUAGUGGUGUCAGCGCUUCACAUCUCUUCGCAGAUGACGCAGGACGUGAAGACAGGUUACAUGACACUGACCUCGCAACGGGCUCUGAUCAUGAUGCAGACCUUCGGCGUAAUCGUCGGCUCCGUUCUUACACCGUGUAUCUUCCGUGCCUUCCAAAGAAGCGCCAAGGCGAAUGUCCCCAUCGGAGCAGCGGACUCAGAAUACCCGUGCCCCUAUGCAAUGCUCUACCGUGCCAUGGCGGUGAUCGGCACGGGAGGUGUCAAGGAACUCCCUGACCAUUGCCUCACCUUCUGCUACGCUGCUGCUGGCUUCGCCGUCGCGGUGAACACGCUCUCGGUCGUGUCUCAGAGGAAAGGCUGGAAGAUACAGGUGUACAUUCCCAGUGUCACGGUCUUAGCGUUGCCCUUCUUCAUCGGGUCAGCCGUCGCUAUCGAUAUGUGCAUAGGCAGCGCGGUGAUUUUCCUGUGGAUGAAGAUGAACAGCCAGAGCGCCGCCAUACUGUCAUCAGCAGUUGCAGCCGGCUUGAUCUGUGGGGAAGGGCUAUUCGCGUUGCCAUCGGCGUUGUUCACCCUUUUCAGUGUGGAGGCACCAAUGUGCAUGAAGUUCAUUCAUAGUGGAAAGCAGGUUGACUUGGCAGAUUCCUUCAUAAGAAACAUGUCAACACCGGCAAAGCCAUGA